GGACACAGCCACUCCUUCACUUGCCAGCUUCAUGAUUCAUCCACACCAAUAAAACCUGAAGCACAUGAGGACCACAACCCCAUCUAGUCCACUGGAUUACUUUUGAAACAUGGAUCACUCCAUAAUCGGGAGCAAUGGCACUGGCAGUGUUGCUGCUGCUAAUGCCAUUGCUGAAGAAAGACGAAGUCAAGGUAGCUUUAGUUCUGUUCCAUCCCAGCCUCCAAAUAUAAAAUCACCAUUUAAGCCAGUAAUAGAUGGCUCUGUGCUUAAAAAUGACAUAAAACAAAAAUUAGCAAAGGAGCGGAGAGAAGAGAAAAAAAGACAAGAUGAUGCUAAUAGAGAGACACAACUACUUGAAAAAGAAAGAAAGUCUAAGAUCGUAUAUGAAAAACAGAUGGAAGAGAAACAGCGAAAGCUGAGGGAACAGAAAGAAAAAGAUGAACAACGGAGAAUAUCUGCAGAAAAAAAGAGAAACGAAAUGCUAGAGGAAGAAAGGGAGAAAUUCAAAGCCGUCCUUCAUCGUACACUGGAAAGGAGCAGCCACAUUAACCGUCCAAAAAGAUGGUCAUGGGAAGGCUGUACAACAGUCAAUUCCCAAAAUAAGACUGUCAGUAAACAUUCUACAUCUACUGAAAAGCUUGAGCAGGGGACUUGUGGAUUACACAGACAAAUGUCAUCUACUGGUCUUCAAAAUUCUGUUGCCAAGAAAACACCAGAAAAGAGGCGAAGUUCAUCUUUGACUAGAAGAUGUAGCAGACUGCAUUCAUCUACAGAAACAGAACAAGUAGAAGAAAAACGACCUGGCAUCCACAAUAUAAUCCAGUAUGUAAACAUGCCCCUGCUUAGGCUUAGCAGUGAUGAAUUGAAGAGUCCCAUAGUGCCUCGCAAGUCAACAGCAGUGAUGCCUUUCCAGGAGAAAGUAGAAAUACCUUCCAAGGCUAGUGUGGGAGUGGCUCACAAGGCGAGUGUGGAAGUGCCCCCUGAGGUGAGCGUUGAAGCACUCACCAAGGCAAGCUUGGAUGAAUCCCUCCAGGUGAACAUGGAAGCACCCCCUGUAGUGAGCGUGGAAGCAUUCCCAGAGGAGAGCAUGAAAGAACACCCCAAGGUGAGUGUGGAAACACUCCUGGAGGUGAGCAUGAAAGAACACCCUACGGUGAAUGUGGAAGCACUCACGGAGGAGAGCCUGAAAGAACACCCCAAGGUGAGUGUGGAAACACUCCUGGAGGCGAGCAUGAAAGAACACUCUGAGGUGAACGUGGAAGCACUCCCGGAGGAGAGCAUGAAAGAACACCCUGCGGUGAAUGUGAAAGCACUCAUGGAGGAGAGCAUGAAAGAACACCCCAAGGUGAGUGUGGAAACACUCCUGGAGGCGAGCAUGAAAGAACACUCUGAGGUGAACGUGGAAGCACUCCUGGAGGAGAGCAUGAAAGAACACCCUGCGGUGAAUGUGGAAGCACUCGCAGAGGAGAGCGUGAAAGAACACCCCAAGGUGAGUGUGGAAACACUUCUGGAGGCGAGCAUGAAAGAACAUUCUGAGGUGAACAUGGAAGCACUCCCGGAGGAGAGCAUGAAAGAACACCCUGCGGUGAAUGUGGAAGCACUCGCAGAGGAGAGCGUGAAAGAACACCCCAAGGUGAGUGUGGAAACACUCCUGGAGGCGAGCAUGAAAGAACACUCUGAGGUGAAUGUGGAAGCACUCCUGGAGGAGAGCAUGAAAGAACACCCUGUGGUGAAUGUGGAAGCACUCGCGGAGGUGAGCAUGGAAGCACCCCCCAAGGUGAGCGUGGAAGUACUACCAGAAGUGAACAUGGAAGGACCCUCUGUGAAUGUGGAAACAUCACCUGAGACAAGUGAGGACCUAUCCCUUGAAGCGCAUGUGGAUCCAUCCCCAGAGGUGAGCAUGGACUCAUCCACAGAUGUGAGUGUGAACCCAUCUCCUGAAGUGAGCAUGGACUCAUCCCAGGAGGUGAGCACGGAAGCAUCAUCUGAGGCUAGUGUGGACAUAUCUCCCGAGGCGAGCAUGGAAACACUCCCUGAGGAGAGUGUGGAAACAUCCCCCGAGGAGAGUGUAGAAGCAUUCUCAGAGAUAAGCAUGGCUGCACUCCCAGAGGAGAGUGUGGAGGUGCUCUCCAAGGAUAGCACGAAAGGGCCUUCUGAGGCAAGUGUGGAGGUGUCCCUGGAGACCUCCCCUGAGGUGACCGUGGAAAUAUCUUCCAAGAAAUCAGAAAUGGACGAACAGCCCUCAAACCCUAUUACCAAGAAGCGCAUACCACCAUCGCAGAUACCGUGUUAUAGAUGGUCGUCAUCUCCUACAAGAAGGUGGCGUCCACCAUCUCCCAUCAGUACUAGCAGGCAAAUUCAAAAGAAUUGCCCCCCGUCACCUUCACCUGGCACGUCAAAACAAUCGACACAGUUUUGUUUUUCCUAUAAAGUAACUCCUGUGCAGCGUACCGCAUUUGCACAAAAUGCAUUAGGUACUAUGGGAAUGAAAAGCAAAGCCGGUUCUAACACCGUUAACAACUCUGAGACUGCAAGCCAAAAGGAUAUGAUCUGUGAAGAAUCUGGUAAUAAAGGCACACCAGGACCUAAGAAUGCUGAGGAGGCAACAAAGAUUUUGGCAGAAAAACGACGCCUUGCUCGUGAGCAAAAAGAGAAAGAAGAAAGACUACAAAAAGAGAUGGAACAAAGGAAAAUGAAAGAUGUAGCAAAGAAAGUGGAUGAAGGUCAAGAAGACAAGUUUUCAAAAUUUGGAGAUGGGCAACAACCAAAGGAGAUGAAGAAGAGAGAAAGUCAGGAACAAGAAGACCAAAAAGUAGAACUCCAGAAAAGCGAUGCCAAAAUAAAAGCUCAGGAGGAGGCUGACAAACGCAAGAAGGAGCGUGAGAGGAUUAUGUUACAAAAUCUGCAGGAGAGAUUAGAAAGAAAAAAGAGAAUUGAGGAAAUUAUGAAGCGGACGAGAAAGCCAGAUUCAAAUGCCUCAAAGGCUGCAGAAACAUUGAGUGGUGAUGCGUAUGAGGAGGAUGAGGCAGAUGAUGAGGACGAAUCAGAAAGUGACAAUGAUUCCUUUGAUGACAUGCAUCCAUCAGCUACUAUAAAUGGCAUGGAUUCAUCCCCAAAACCAAAAACACAUGUUAAAAAUGUGAGGAACACUAGCAAGUUUUUAGAUGUGACUUCUAGCCAAAUCCAUAAAGAAGAGACAAAAGCAUUUUUAAAUACUGACAUGAAGACCUUCAGACAAAAAAGAGUAAAAGACCCUUUGAAUCAGACAAAGAGUACCAGAUCCUCCACCAAAAGACCAACCAACCGAGCAGCAAAAACUGGAAAGGCGGAAACCAGCAGCACCAUGGGACCUUCCAAGAGUUCACAUUCAGAGGUACAGAAGUGGGUGUGUGACCAAAUUAUCGACUUCUCAAGCGAGACAGAACAACCUGUAUCCAGUUUCCCUCCUGAGAGCCCAGAACACCAGCCGAGAGGCUCUGUGACAUCCUGCUCGAGUCACCAGCCACCUAUAGACAACAAAAACAGAAGUGAAUCUGUGCCUGCUCCAUUAGAUAUGUAAACCUCAUCCAGCCUAGAAGAGAAUCCAUUCUCCACUCUGGAUUUUGACCUCCAGGCCCACCUUUCAAAAUUUCUCUGCUUCCUACAUGAACCCGGCAAAGAAAAUGACUCUCAGAAAAAAAAUCAUCUUAACGUAUCUCAGAAGAUGCUCAUAUCAUCUUGGGUCUUGCCCAUAAGCAAGGGUUCUGAGUAAAGAGUCAUUUUAUUUUGCUGUAAAAA